AUGAGUGCCAAACGCUGGUCGAGUUACGACACUGAUGCCUACCGGCUGCCUUCUGGCAUCACACGCAUUGGCUACGACGCCGACUCGCAGAAGUAUCUCUUCCGCGACAGCUCGGGCCAGGAAUACACCAGUUCCAGCGGCUCUGCGUACGGCAAGCUGGAGAAAGCCGGCUGGGACGGCGGCCCUCUUCUCCCGCGCACCACGCGCACCGGCAGUGAAUCGUCAGCGUCGACGGGCCUGAAGAGCCCGGCAACAGACUUCAGCGAAAUCCUCAGCGAGCUCGAGGAGCAGCGACAAGGCGAGGAUGAUGAUGAGGAGGCCAAGGAGAAAAGCAAGCCGCUUCCGUUCCUCGUCCUGAGCUCCGUCAUGUCCUUCAAGUCCAAGCUCCGGACGCGCCAGUCGCGCCGGGCGCGCAAGGACUCUGCGGUUUCCAGCGUGAUUGCGAAGGAAAAGGACUACAUGUGA